CUAUGGCCUCCAGUCCAAACUUUUCCCCGCACCACCGCUACCCCUGUCCCGAUGAUCACAAUGAGGGCACAGCUCGCUCCGGCCCUCCUCCUCCUCCUCCUCACGGUUGCCGCCGCGCCGCCCGUAUCGGCGAUGACUGCUGAGGAGGAAACCAAGGAGAAAUUGCUACAGGGCGCCCACAAAGAGGACCUCGCCAAUAAACUCAGUAUCGCGAGUGUCGACCCAGACGCUUAUGCAGCCGAGCAGAAAUUAGUUGGGCCCGAUAGCAAGAAGCAUGCCGCUAAGGAUGUCGUCGAUAACACAAGCUAUAUUAUGGGUGUUGUGCCUGAGAAGAAACCUGAAAGUAAGAGUGACGAGAAGAAACUCAAGGAGGAGGCCAAGGUCAUCGCUCAAGUCAAAGGACAGAUGAACUACGAGGAUGCCGUCGCUGAGAAGAAUGCCAAGGAGGAGAAGAAAUCCAAACUCAAGGGUGACAUCUCCGAGGACGAUGAUGCUGAGAAGAAGGAGAAGAAAUCAAAAAACAAAGACGGCGACAAGGAGGAGGACAAAGAGAAGAAAUCUAAAAAUAAGGAUGAUGACGAUGCUGAGAAAAAGGAGAAGAAUUCCAAAAGCAAAGACGAGGACUCUAUAUAUGACACCAAGCAGAAAUCCAAAAACAAGGAUGAUGAUGAUGAUGAUGAUGAUGAGAAGAAAGAUAAGAAGUCUAAAAGCAAGGACGAUGAUGAUGACGACAAUGAUGGUGAGAAAAAAGAGAAGAAAUUGAAAAACAAGGAUGACGACGAUGAUGAUGAGAAGAAAGAAAAGAAAUUGAAAAACAAGGAUGAUGACGAUAAUGAGAAAAAGAAAGAGAAGAAAUCCAAAGAGAAAAGCGACUCGUCUGAGGAGGAUGACGCCGAGAAGAAAUCUAAAAGCAAGAGCGAGUCCUACGAGGACGACGAUGACAAUAAGAAUUCCAAAAGCAAAAGCAAGGCAUCAGACGAGGAUUUUGAUGCUGUCCCCAUGGAGGCCAAGGCCGACGAAUCUAUGCCAGGUGUCGACACGCCCGAUGAAUACCAAGCGUCGACGACUAAAGCCAAGCCACGGUUGCCCGCGGCUGACACCCCCGGUGGCUACACCGCGCGGACCGCGGCCCAACCAAAGAUGUCUGCAGCAGACACUCCCGACGGCUAUGCCACCCUGACAACGCAGAUGUCAGCUACUAACACACCAGACGGCUAUGUCACGCCGAGCAAGGCCCAGCCAGCGACAGACUCACCCAACGGCAACGUCCCUGUGACCGACUCACCCGACGGCAACGUCCCGGCGACAGACUCACCCGACGGCAACGUCCCCGCGACCGACUCGCCCGACGGCAACGUCCCUGCGACCGACUCACCCGACGGCAACGUCCCGGCGACAGACUCACCCGACGGCAACGUCCCCACGACCGACUCGCCCGACGGCAACGUCCCGGCGAUGGACUCGCCCGACGGCAAUGUUCAGGUGACCGACUCGCCCGAUGGCAAUGUCCCAGCGACCGACUCGCCCGACGGCUACGCGGCCCCGACGAAGCCCGAUGUGGACGUGCAGUCCUACUCGGAGACGGUGCCCCCGCCGGUGCUCCGGAUGCUGAGCCCGUUGGUGAAGUCCAUGUGCGCCAGGACGAGCUACCCGUACGAGUGUGAGGCAUCGAUCGCCAGGCUGCCGGAGACGGCGGCGGUGCCAGGGCGGCAGAAGAACCUCUUGGGCGUGCUGACACUGGCCAUAGAUGCCGUGCGCGCCAAGAUCGUGGAGGCGAAGAACGCGGCCACGGACGUGUCCAAGGACCCGCACGUGGACAAGCUCUCCAAGGGCGCCAUCAAAGACUGCAUCAGUAAUUACGACGACAUGAACUACGAGUUCGACUCGGCGCUGACCGCGCUCAAGCGAGGAGACAAGGGGACGGCGGGCAGCGCGCUCGACGCGGCGCGCACCGCUGUUGACACCUGCGACGAAGGUUUCCUCGACCGCCCGCAGCUGAAGCCAGUCCUGGGCGGUUACGAGAAGGUGCUCGCGGAGCUCUCAAGCAACGUCCUCGCCAUUAAUGCCAACGCCAAGAAGUAUUAGCAUGAUCUCACCAUUCCUUCCGGGAAGGAACUUGUAAGAAGCGUUUCCACCGAUCGCCGAAACAUACAGUAUUGACAUUGGUGCUAACAUCCGUCUUGCGUGCAGACUGUAUGAAUAUGUAUACGAUUGUUUUUUUCUUUUUCUUUUUGAAAGGAUGUAUAUGACUGUUUAUAUGGCUGUGUGUGUGAUGA